GAAAGCUACGAGUGGACUAUAUUGCCCCUAUGCUUAAAACAGUCAUAUAUAUCCAUUCCUUCCCCGAAGACUUCCUUCGUGUUUCCCUGACAACCUCACCCGUUCGCCGUCGCUUCAAAAGGUUGCGUCGGGUUAAUUGGGCUGGUUUCUGCAGUUCUCCUGAAACCCUUAUAAUGGCCGAUCGGAACAACACCACAGCGAACGCUUCCGGCGGCGGCGCCGGACCUAAGCCGAUUUGGAUGAUACAAGCCGAGGAGGCUAAGCUGAAAAGCGAAGCGGAGAAAGCUGCGGCGGCGAAAGCUGCGUUUGAAGCCACUUUUAAGAACGUUGACUCUUCCAACACGAGUGCAGCUCCGACCGCCGAUUCGGACGACGAUGAGGAUGAAGAUGACGAGGAAAGGGAGCGAAGAAGGCUGGCGCAGAAGCCGAUUGGACCGGUGGAUCCCAGUAAGUGCACGGCGGCUGGGGCGGGCAUUGCCGGCGGGACGGCUUGUGCGCCGUCUACUUUUGUGGUGGUUAGUAAGGACUCUGAUAACCGGAAGGUUCCCCAUGGCGGAGCACAGAUUAAGGUUAGGGUUUCGCCAGGGGUGGGUGUUGGUGGAUCGGAGCAGGAUGGAAUUGUGAAGGACGUGGGUGAUGGUACUUAUUCAGUGACAUACGUGGUUUCAAAGAGGGGGAAUUAUAUGGUGAAUGUGGAGUGUAAUGGGAAGCCUAUCAUGGGAAGCCCCUUCCCUGUCUUCUUCAGCACAGGAACCACGACUGGAGGAUUGCUAGGCAUGGCUCCAUCUCCUGCAUUCCCCAAUAUGGUUAACCAAAGCAUGCCUAACAUGCCUAAUUACUCUGGCUCUAUUUCUGGGGCAUUUCCUGGGUUACUUGGGAUGAUUCCUGGCCUCGUUCCAGGAGCUUCAGGUGGUGUGAUUUUACCUGGGAUUGGGUCAUCUCUAGGUGAAGUUUGUCGAGAGUAUCUUAGUGGACGGUGUGCAAAAUCUGAUUGCAAAUUUAGUCAUCCUCCUCACAAUCUUUUGAUGACUGCUUUGGCAGCUACUACCACGAUGGGUAAUGUUAAUCAAGCACCCAUGGCACCCUCUGCUGCUGCAAUGGCUGCUGCUCAUGCAAUUGUUACUGCUCAAGUUAUGCAAGCCCAUGCACAGCAGGCAGCUCAAGCACAGUCUAGCAAAGAAUCUUCUGGAUCAGCUGAAAAAGAGAGAAAAGGGGAUACCCUUAAGAAAACUGUACAAGUCAGCAACCUUAGUCCUCUUCUUACUGUGGAUCAGUUGAAGCAGCUGUUUGGCUUGUACGGCACUGUUGUCGAAUGCAGUGUGACUGAUUCUAAACAUUUUGCUUAUAUAGAAUACUCCAAGCCGGAAGAAGCUACUGCUGCAUUAGGUCUUAACAAUAUGGAUGUUGCAGGUCGCCCGUUGAAUGUUGAGAUGGCUAAGUCACUUCCUCCAAAGCCAGCCGUUCCGUUGGCUUCUUCUUCAAUCCCUUUAAUGAUGCAACAAGCAGUUGCUAUGCAGCAGAUGCAGUUCCAGCAGGCAUUAUUAAUGCAGCAAACAUUAAACCAACAGCAGGCAGCCAAUCGGGCUGCAAGCAUGAAAUCUGCAACUGAGUUAGCGGCAGCUAGAGCCGCUGAAAUAAGUAGAAAGCUGAACCCGGAUGGGGUUGUCACUGAAAAUAAGGAAGGGGACCAAAAAUCUAGGUAUUUUUCGAUUAAGGCUGUAGUAUCUGAGGCUGGAGGGUUUCUAUAUAACUGUGCAAUCUGUGGCUGUAUCUUGAGUGCUUGCAUCUUUGUCAACCUGAGAUGUGUUUUCUAGUUCUUUCAGUAUUAGUAGAUUGAUCUUGACCUAGGGUGUUUUGAGCCUUUUUUUAUUAUUGUUGGAAUCCCAAUGGCUUCCUUAUCAUUUUUUUCCGAAUUUUAUGUGGUUCUCUAGCUUGAUGAAACAUUGAAACUGUCUCCCUGUGUUGAGAAAUAUGGGAAACUGAAGCUUGUUUAGGUGAUUCAUGAACAGUGCCUGUAGGAUGGAUAUGAUGAGGGAUAUCUUUUCUAAGUUUCUCUCUCUCUCUUUUUUCUUUUCUUUUUUCCUUUUCUUUUUUGGUUGUGCUGUUCGUAAGGCCUGCUUUGUGAACGUUAAUAUUAGUUGGAGUUCUUGAAGGUUGCUUCCUGUCAGUUGUUAUGUAGAAAUGAGGAGUUGUGUGCAAGCUUUGGAAUUUGGACCAAGGCCCAAGCCAAUAUUUACUGCAUGUGCUUGUAAUGGUGAAAUUCUGUUUUAUCGUGGUAUUGUAAUUCCAAUUUGCUUCCCCUCCAUUUCAAACAUAUUUGUCUACCACUUGGCUCUUAUCUUUUCUUUUCUGAGUUCAUCAUGUUUUAAGUAGCCUUAGUCCUUAUACUAUACACACACUCACACACCUGGCUGGUGAUUUGUAUGUUGCAAUCAAUUCUGAAGAUAUUAUCUAUUUAAUGUUAGUUUUCAUCAUUUUUGUGCCACCAGUUUGGGUUCUGGCUUCUUUUUUUUGUUAUGUUUAAAAUGUUUCCAUGCAAGCUUUUCUGGUUUCUGAAAUUCUAAAUAGUAGGUUAAGUGUCACUGUAAUGACCAAAAGUGAAUUUUGAUAAAUAUGAACUAUGAAGAUGAAUAAUACUUAAUGUUUUGGAUUCUGAUGAAGGGACUGAAGUUUUAAUUCUCUGUCUACCUUUUGAUAUUCAAUUAAUCAGUUAGCUGUAUAUGCAUAUGUUGACAUGUAAGCGCUCUUCUCAUGGUUGGUAUUUAUACGUACUUCUUUCAUUGAUUUUGCAAUCUUACCAAUUUUUUGUCUGGUCCUGUAUGAUGCAAAGAUCUCCAUCUCCAAGGCCUGGAAGAGUUAGAUCGAGAUCAAGAUCCAAGUCAUUAUCUCCGGUCAGCUACAGGUUUAGGCGGAGGUCUCGGUCUUUUUCUCCUCGUCGUCGAUUUUCGAGAGAUUAUAGAUCCAGAUCACCUGUAAGGUCUCGUCAUUACUCAAGCUAUGAGCAUGACCGAAGAUCUUACCGGGAUGGUAGGGAUGAUGAUAGCAGAAGUAGGAGGGCCUCGGGUAGAUCAUAUGAUCGCCGUUCUCCUGUUACAAGAAGAUACAGAAGCAGGAGUGGGAGCCCACAGAUCAGAAAGUUAUACCGGGACGAAUCUCGUUCCCCGAAACGUCAUCGAGAUAGUUCAUCCCCAAGGCCAAGGAAAUCUUCCCGUGCAGAUUCAAGAUCUCCAGGCCAUCGUAAGUCAAGUAAAUCAUCCCCACGGAGAGAUGGAAGCAAAACAAAACUCAGAAAGCGAUCAAGGUCUAGGUCAAUUGAAGCUAACUAUAACUCUGGAAAUAAGUUGGAUGAGCAUAGAACUGAAAUGUCCAAACAAAAGGAUCGUAGAUGGUCUAGGUCACCCUCAAUUGAGGUCAAUACUCGCAAAGAGAGCAGAUCGUCACCAUCGGGUGAAAACAAAUCAAGACACAAAAGUCCUCAGUCACCUGAAGAAAAACGUCGAUCAAGUAACAAAGUGGAGAGAAGUAGAGAAAGAAAGUCCAUACACCAUGAGAGAAGGCGGUCCAGGUCAAGGUCUGCUGAGGGAAAACGAAACAAAUCCCCUAGACGUUUGGAUGAGGGAGAAUCAAAGCGUAGAAAGCACUCAAGGUCUAGAUCACCAGAAGGCAAGAAGUUUUCAAAAGAUAAUGGUCGUCGUGAAAGUAAGAAUGAGAAAGUAAAACCUCUCAAGGAAAGUGAUCCUAAGUCUGAUGCUGAACCCGAGGCAGAGGACUUGAAGGAUGCAAGGAAGGCUGACGGCUAUAAUUCAAUUGAUGCAAGGGAUGAUCCUGAGUUUGAGAGGACUUAGGCACUAUGACAGGAAAAAAAUAACCUUGAUGAACAAACCUGAAACUGCUGGAGCAUGUUCCCUUUGAUGAUGAACGAAGGAAGUGGCGACAUGUUUUUCUGCACAUGGGCGGAAAGAUCGAACAAUGUUGUGCACUUGGAAUUGAUUGGAAACAAUCAUUUUGAGUUUCAAGCUACAAGAAAGGGGCAAUAAGUGGAAGUCCUAGUUGAUGCUCAAUCUGUUUUGUAUCAAAACUAUUAGAGUGUUUCUUGUUAUGAUUAUUAUGUUUGUUUUUUUUCUCCAUGUUGCAGGUUCUUGAUUGGAGUUGACUGGCCAAGAUUAAUAUUGACCUUAAUCAGAUAGGUCAUCUCCACUACCUGAUUCCCCUUUCUUUAUAUCCCUUGCUGUUAAAAUGUGCGCGUUCCUUUCUGUUUGGAAAGGUUCAUAAUGAAUUAUGGAUAACUGUUGUGACAUAAUUAUGUUCUUGUUUGAAGCUUAAAGCUUGUUAUUGUCUUUUAUUAUUUUGUAAUUGCUCAUCUCCUGUUUCUUUCUGUUUUUUUUUUUUUUUUUGGGGCUUUUCUUUCCCUUCUAUGGUCUUCCUCUUUUCUCCUUCCUUUUUCUUUUCCAUUUUCCCUUUGAAUGAUUGACUAGGAAAACCACUCAUAUGAGCCACUCGAUUCCCUGGUUGCUCAGAUGGUUAGCUUACAGCUUGCUCCUCGUGGAGUGAUGUCGGACUGGUUAAUGUUACUGUGUUUCAUGAUCGAAUUCGAUGGUCUUUAUUCUGCAGGUAACUAAUUGUUCUGGAAACGAUAUAUGACUAUUUCUUAUUGUGAAUCAAGGAGAUAAUUAUAAGUGCACGUUGUGUUUACUGUUUAGCCUCUAUGUAUGUUAAUUAGAUGUAAAGUUGUGACCUGUGGAUUCUCUUUUCUAAGCAAUUCAAGUGGAUACCGAUAAUGUUUGGAUUAUGUAAUGUUUCCAUUGGAGCUGUUCGCUUAAAAUGUUUGAUUUGCUCGCUUCAACGCCGUGCAAAGCUGAUGAUUUUUAAGAUUCCGAAUGAUGGCAAUGUGUUGUCACGGGGUGGUUGGCACGAACAUUACCUGCUUUGAGUAAUUGAACUAUUGUCUUAAUGGUAUAGCAGAAGUAGUUAUAAAUUUUUGGAGUUUGAUCAUGAUCAUGUUUUAUAAGGAUAUAUAGAAGUUCAUAAUAUGUUUUCGUAAAAUUUCAGCUUUUUUUGUUGGUGUACCUAAAGGAAACGGAGCUUAACCAUUAUUUCUAAUUUACUUUUGCCUUGGAGAUACUCUUUCUGUUUCUUUUGCUUUAUUUCCUUUCUUCACCAAUCUUUUCCUCUUUUUUCUUUAUUUUUCCCCCAUUCAUUCUUAGCUUCCACAACAAUUCUGCUGUAAUUUGACUACCUGCGAAGACAAGGACACCUAAGGAUGGGAUUCAGUUCUGCCUGUUUGUCGCUGUGACCUGCUGCUGGAGUUGGCUAGAUUUGACACCCACCGCCCCCUCUCUUGAGUUCUCUAUUCUUUUCCGGGCAGGUUUCUGCUGUCAAUCAGGCGACUAAUUGUGUUUGUUUUCUUGUUUUUUGAUACUGGUGAGGCGGCAAUUGCAGUCUUUAGAAGGCAAUCGUAUGUAUAUUUUUGAUGGCACUAGAGAAGUCCAAGCUAAGUAGAGUUGAACCUUUAGUAUAAAUAUAAUAAUAGUAGUUCUACAAACCAAGGAAGGUUGUGCUGUGCCCCUUUGCUUAUCAAAUCAUUCACACCAAACAUUGCAAGAUCGGAGAUGGAUUAAAAAGGCCUGCCUGAAAAAUCAUUCAAUUAUGUACGAUUUUAGCGUGAUUUAGUUGCGUGUGGUUGUGUUCCCCAAUCCUUUCUAAUUAUUUUGUUCUCCGCUGUGCCUCUUGUGGCCGAAGUGUCUGCUAUUCUGCGUCGCAUAAACUUGUAGAACGAGAAGCUCUGUGGAGACACAUUUUAGUCUGCCUUUCGAUACCGUUGAUUAAUGUGAUAAGAUUGGGUGUUUAAAUCUGUUGAUGCAUUCUAAUUUGAUGUUUAAGCAG